UCCUGCAAAGCAGAACGACGUCGAAUCGAUCGCGUCACGCGAAACAUAACGGCCACCUCAGUCACCCUCGCCUUCUUUCGCGUACUCCCUCCCCAACCUUCCCGUCCUCUCUCAUUUCUCUCUCUCUCUCCUCUCUCUCUCUCUCGGGACCUGCAAUAGGAGGAGACUGAAAGGAUCAUCAGAGCUUGAAUCAUGUCAAUGUCCGAUUCUGAUUUUUUGUCCCACGGUGGAGAGUACAGAAACUUUCUCCAAAUCAGCCGGGAGCGUUUAUUGCAUGAAAUGCUGCGGUCAGGAAAAAAAGAUGAUUCCAAAUUAUCUUGGAAAGUACUCAUAAUGGAUAAAGUCACUGUUAAAGUCAUGUCUUGCUCAUGUAAAAUGGCAGACAUCACAGAUGAAGGAAUCUCAUUGGUGGAGGACCUCUUUAGAAGAAGGCAGCCAUUGCCAUCCAUGGACGCCAUAUAUUUCAUUCAGCCAUCUAAGGAGAAUGUUGUCAUGUUCUUGUCUGACAUGUCAGGAAGGGUGCCUUUAUACAAGAAAGCAUUUGUGUUCUUCAGUUCACCUGUUCCAAAGGAAUUGUUAAAUCACAUCAAGUGUGAUUCAAGUGUCUUACCCCGCAUAGGCGCACUAAGAGAGAUGAAUCUGGAAUAUUUUUCUGUAGACAGUCAGGGAUUUAUCACUGAUCAUGAAUUAGCACUGGAGGAGCUCUUCGGGGGAAAUGCGGAGAAUUCUCGCAAAUUUGAUACUUGCUUGAAUGUAAUGGCUACUCGAAUUGCAACUGUUUUUGCUUCAUUAAAGGAACUUCCUUUUGUGCGAUAUCGUGCCACCAAGUCACUUGAUGCAUCCGCAAUGGCAACCUUUCGCGAUUUAGUUCCUGGAAAGCUUGCUGCUGCUGUUUGGAGUUGCCUUGAAAAAUAUAAAUCUUCCAUUCCUAAUUUUCCACAGAGUGAAACAUGCGAGUUGCUCAUCCUGGAUAGAUCUGUUGAUCAGAUUGCUCCGAUCAUACAUGAAUGGACUUAUGAUGCCAUGUGCCAUGACUUACUGGAUAUGGAGGGAAAUAAAUAUUUACAUGAGAUCCCUAGUAAAACUGGUGGUCAAUCUGAGAAGAAGGAGGUCAUUCUGGAGGACCAUGAUCCCGUUUGGCAUGAGCUCCGCCAUGCACAUAUAGCUGAUGCUAGCGAACGGUUGCAUGAGAAGAUGACAAACUUUGUGUCAAAGAACAAAGCUGCACAAAUCCAGCAAGGCUCAAGAGAUGGCAGUGAAUUAUCUACUCGAGACUUGCAGAAAAUGGUUCAAGCAUUGCCACAAUACAAUGAUCAAAUGGACAAGCUCUCUCUCCAUGUGGAGAUAGCUGGAAAAAUCAACAGACUCAUCAGAGAAAUGGGGCUCCGAGAACUUGGACAACUGGAGCAGGAUCUUGUCUUUGGAGAUGCAGGAACAAAGGAAGUCAUCAAUUUUUUGAGGUCGAAACAGGAUGCAACUCCUGAAAAUAAAUUAAGGUUGUUGAUGAUUUAUGCUUCCAUUCAUCCUGAUAAGUUUGAGGGUGAUAAAGCUUCAAAGCUAAUGCAGUUAGCAAGAUUAUCACCUGAUGAUAUGAAGGCUGUGAAAAAUAUGAGUUUGCUUGCGGGACCAUCAGAAGCUAAAAAGACGUCAAUUGGUAGUUUUGCACUCAAGUUUGAUGCUCAGAAGAGGAAGCAUGCUGCGAGGAAAGACCGAACCGGUGAGGAAGAAACAUGGCAGUUAUCACGAUUUUACCCAAUGAUAGAGGAGUUGAUUGAAAAACUCAACAAAGGUGAGUUGCCAAAAAAUGAGUAUUUGUGUAUGAAUGAACCAACUCCAACUCCACAUGUGGCACCCCAGAGUUCGUCAUCACGUUCUAGUCAAGGUUCUGCUCCACAUUCAAUGAGAUCUAGAAGGACAGCGACUUGGGCACGACAUGGUAAUUCUGACGAUGGAUGUUCAAGCGAUUCAAUCUUGAAGACUGCAGCUAAUGAUUACAAGAAAAUGGGGCAACGUAUAUUUGUAUUUAUCAUUGGUGGGGCAACUCGUUCUGAGCUACGGGUUUGUCACAAGCUCACAACAAAACUCAGAAGGGAAAUUGUGCUAGGCUCAUCUAGUUUUGAUGACCCUCCACAAUAUGUCACGAAAUUGAAGCUUCUCUCAGAAAAGGAGCUCUCACUAGAUAGCCUCAAAUUUUAAAUUAUGAUGCAUGGAGACUUAUGGUACAUGUUCUUCCUUGAUAGUAAUGAGUUGACAUUUUAAGUUGUAAUUAUAAAUGUGUAAUUCUUCUUUCAUUUAUAUAUUUAUGUAUAUUUUGUCACUUCCAAUAAACAUGUUUCCCAUUAAUAUAUAUAUAUGACAUGGGAGUGUUGUUUAACAAUUAUUGUA